GUUACGUUAUGAUUUCAGAUCUGCCCCUUGACCCAAGCAAUAGUUGUGUGUGAAGAAAUCACCACAUGUAUGUAUGCUGUAUGCACCUCCCCCAAACACACUACUGCAUAACCUCAGACGUUAAUCUCGGCUUUAUCACGUGACCUCUCUCUCUCUCUCUCUCUGCAGCAGUUGAUCCAAAUUGAGUACACUCGCAAUAGAAUAGAAGCAGUUUUUGUUUGUAGAUCGAUUGAAAUCUCCGAUAAUGAAGGCCAAGCCACAAAUCUCCAAUCCCCCUCUUGUCGCCUUUGAACAUAAGAGAGACGCCUAUGGUUUUGCAGUGAGACCUCAGCAUGUACAAAGAUACCGUGAAUAUGCAAACAUCUACAGGGAGGAAGAGGAGGAACGAUCAGACAGGUGGAAGAACUUUCUAGAACGACAGUCGGAGUGUGCUCAGUUGCCUGUAAAUGGCUCAUCCGCACAGGAACAAAAAGGAGAUUCAGUUGACGGCAGCUCUGAUAAGACUCAAGAAGGAGAUGAUGGUUUAAAAGAACCCAAAGCUCAAAAGGAUGAAGCAUCUUCAAAAACUCAUCGGGCCCAAAUAUGGGCUCAGAUUAGGCCAUCACUUCGAGCCAUCGAAGAUAUGAUGAAUGCCCGUGUUAAGAAAAAGAUUAAUGCCACAAAAACAGAGAAAAAUACCGGAGCUGAAGAGGACUCUGAAGAUGAAUUUUACGAUUUGGAGAGAUCUGAAUCCGACCCAAUUUCGGAGGUCCUGUCAACUGACGGUGCCGGUGCCCCAGCUCAAGGUUCUGCUGACGUGUCACCGGAAUCUUCGAUUCCAUGGAAGCAGGAGUUGGAGUUUCUUGUUCAAGGGGGAGUGCCAAUGGCGGUUAGGGGAGAGCUCUGGCAAGCUUUCGUGGGUGUGAAGGCUAGACACGUUAAAAAUUAUUAUCAGAAUCUUCUACUUCGCGGCAGUAAGAAUGAUAAUAGUGUGGACAAUCAAGGAUCAGAAGUAGACGAAGCAAACAAUAUUAAUCCAACAACAGAUUCGGUGCAUGUACCCGAAAAAUGGAAACUGCAAAUAGAGAAGGAUCUGCCUCGGACUUUCCCGGGUCAUCCUGCUUUGGAUGAGGGUGGUAGAGAUGCUUUGAGACGUAUACUCACUGCAUACGCUCGCCAUAAUCCCUCUGUUGGCUACUGCCAGGCUAUGAAUUUCUUUGCAGCCUUAUUGUUGCUUCUGAUGCCAGAAGAAAAUGCAUUUUGGGCUUUAUUGGGUAUUCUUGAUGAUUAUUUCGAAGGCUAUUAUUCAGAGGAAAUGAUAGAGUCUCAGGUUGAUCAACUUGUUUUUGAGGAGUUGGUGCGUGAGAGAUUCCCUAAAUUGGUUAACCAUCUAGAUUACCUUGGAGUCCAAGUAGCCUGGGUCUCCGGACCAUGGUUCCUUUCGAUAUUUAUGAAUAUACUACCCUGGGAAAGUGUUCUUCGAGUGUGGGAUGUACUUUUAUUUCAAGGGAACCGCGUCAUGCUCUUUCGAACGGCACUAGCUUUAAUGGAAUUAUAUGGACCUGCAUUAGUGACAACAAAAGAUGCCGGAGAUGCUGUUACAUUGCUGCAGUCACUAGCCGGAUCAACUUUCGAUAGCAGUCAACUUGUAUUGACCGCUUGCAUGGGUUAUCCAAACGUAUACGAGGAAAGACUACAAGAAUUGAGAAACAAACAUCGGCCAGCUGUACAAGCUGCUCAUGAGGAAAGAUCAAAGGGACAAAAGACGUGGAGGGAUUCCCAGGGUUUGUCGUACAAACUCUAUGGCUUCAAAGAAAAUAAAACAGAAAGUAAAAUCACAAUUGGUGGAUUAUCAAGAAUUAAUUCUGAAUCUUCUAGUACAGACGGAGACUCGGAGAUUAAUCCUGUUCCAGAUCUUCAAGAACAGAUGGCAUGGCUGAAGAAUGAGCUGUGCAAAGAACUAGAGGAAAAACGAUCCGCCAUAGUCAGAGCGGAAGAGCUGGAAACUGCAUUAAUGGAGAUGGUCCAGGAGGACAAUCGUCGAGAAUUAAGUGCAAAGGUUGAGCAAUUAGAGAAAAACGUCGCUGACCUACAACAGGCCCUUUCUGACAAGCAGGAACAAGAGAGUGCCAUGCUUCAGGUUUUGAUGCGGGUAGAGCAAGAGCAAAAGGUAACAGAAGAUGCUCGUAGAUACGCUGAGCAAGACGCUGCAGCCCAAAGAUAUGCCACUGAAGUGCUUCAGGAAAAGUACGAAACAGCAAGUGCUACCCUUGCUGAAAUGGAGAAGAGAGUGGUUAUGGCAGAAACAAUGUUGGAGGCAACUUUGCAAUACCAAUCCGGUCAAACUAAAGCACAACCUUCUCCGAGAUCUACAAAUCAAGAUUCUUCAGCGAUAAGAACAAGUCAAGAACUUUCACAAGAAAUACCACCAAGAAAGAUUAGUCUAUUAUCUAGACCAUUUGGGCUCGGGUGGCGUGACAAGAACAAGGCAAAGCCAGCUGAAGAGCCGGCUGAUGUGAAGGCUACAAUCGAGGAACAAAGUCCAAAAGUCGUGGAAAAACCAGUAAUAGAGCAGGUGCAUGCGAAGAUAGCUGGUGAUGAACAAAAUGCAAAAGUUGUGCAGGAAGAUGAAAAUGGUGAUCAAAUGGAACAAGUGUCUUUGGCUGAUGAUGGUAAGUAGAUGAAGUCGACGUGUCUAUACUUACGGUUGAGGAGAAAUGUCGGUAUUUUUGUCUGUAAUAUUUUUCUUUGAUACAUUAUUUAUAACUUACAUGUAGCUCAUUAGCCAUUUGAUUUUUAGUUAUCAAUAAGACCCUAGUUCGUUUGAAGAGAAAUGUAAAAAGAAAAUUGGGAAUUAUGGUAUUGUAUUUUUGCUAGCUUUGACUUUUGAGCAAA